AUUAUUGGCGCACAAAUCAACAUUUGUUGUCUGGCGGGUUGGUCGCUUGUUGACUUUUGUAGAUGAUUAAACCAUAUGCUUCUAUUUAUGAUCCCAAGAUUGUCGUAAUCUGAGGCUUAUGUCUAUGUUGACUGAUUAUUAUUGUUUUCCGUAGUGAGUGUAGUUGCAUUGCUUGCACAUCCGAAGUCGUUGACACACGUUUUCCUAUGUUCUCUCCAGCCCACCUCAAUCUCCCUUCUACUUAUUCCCCAAAUUCUCAAAACAUAUUGUGGCUAGACGCAAACCUUCACAAUUUUCAAUAGUUUUUAAAAGUGCGUGUUCACGUGAUUUUAUCUUGCUUAUGGUCAGUAUAUCAGUAUAAUUCCAGGCUAGCCUAAAUUAAUGCUCAUCUACCCUGUUUCUGUAGAAAAGUGGUGAUUUUAUUUUAAGAAGUCUUAAUUUAGAACUCACAGUAAGUGACUUCGAAUAUGAUGAUGACGAUGUGCUACGUUUAAGUGUUUAGCUAAAUCCACGAGUGCACAAAUAUACAUACAGUUGGUCGAAACAACACAUUUAACAGUUUUUAGUUAAGCUGCGUCGAAGUUAUUCAAUCGAAUUGCUAUCCGGAAAGUCGCUCAUUUGUAACUGCAAGCGUUCACGAAUUAUAACUCAACAGGGUUACUUUGAAAGUACGCCAAUUGCUGUACAUGCCAAACCAUCACCUAUUGUAACAGUGUAGUGUGCUUUAUUGAUUAUCACAAUAAUGUAUUCAGCAAAUAUAUUUCAGUAGCUUGGUGUGGAAGCAGUUACAGUGUAAUAGUAGCACGUCAUGUGGCGGUUCUCAAAGAUGUCCCAAUAUCCCUAUUUUGGGGGAAUUUCGGGGGUUUUGUGCCAUUUCCCCAAAUUUUUCUGUAGCAGCUUCUCCAAACUUUCCCCAAAACGGACAACAUUCUCUCCAAAAUAGGGAGCUUUGCGUGUUCCAUUCUAAUUAGCCACUUUGGCAGUCAAGCAAUGUCAGCCAAGAUCUUAAAAGAGAAAUACAAGGUAUUCCAUCGCACUCCUCGUGCUUUCAUGAUUUCAGCUUCAGACAAUACCUUGCUUAUGAUUAGAAAUGCAGCAGUACACUACUACAGAACUGAGUCAGCUGCUGAAUGAGGGGAACGUAAGUUUCGGUAAUUUAUGAACGUGACUCAAAGCCAAUAAAAUGUAGGUCUAAAUCCCGUUUCCAUUUCUUCGUUUUCAGUUGUCUAGCACUACCCUUAAAGCCCAUACAAUCUUAGUAGAUCAAAACAUUUCCCGUGGUUAAGCUCCAAGUUGUAUGAUAUAGUCAUUGAGUAAGGUUUUACGGCAUUAGAUGGAUAAAAGUUGUAUGGAUUAAGUGGUUUUCUAUGUCCAGAUCUUCUAAAUUAGUCACAUUCACCUUGAAUUAAUAGUUUGUCUUGUACAUUAUGUAGAUGGAUCCAGCUCAAGAACAUAACUCAGGGAUACAUACAAAUAAUGUCCAGGGAGCACUUCGGCAGCUUGAUUUGUUGGUCGAAAAGGCGGAGCUCUAUGCUCAGGUGAAACUUAUUGGUUCUGGAACAAAAGAUUUGUCUAGUCCCUCAAGAAUUAAACAAGAGCAGCCCAUUAGUUCUCCUACUUCCCACUCUUUUGGAGACCAUCGACAUCGUCGUACUGAAAAAGAAGAAGAUGAAGAACUAUUGACCGAAACUAAGCAUAGUUCAUCUGGUAUUCAGCGUUUUGAAGCUUCUCCGUGGUAUGUAAAGGGAGGAGAGAUGCGUGAUUAUCAAAUCCGUGGUCUAAAUUGGAUGAUUCAGCUCCAUCAUAGUAGUAUAAAUGGAAUUCUAGCCGAUGAGAUGGGAUUAGGGAAAACUUUACAAACAAUAUCAUUACUUGGUUAUAUAAAACACUGUCGACACAAACAUGGGCCACAUAUGGUAAUUGUGCCUAAAUCUACGCUUUCCAACUGGAUGAAUGAAUUUGCUCGUUGGGUUCCUUCUUUGCGCACAGUUUCAUUAAUUGGAAACCAUGAAGAAAGGAGUCAAAAAAUACAAGAGGAGAUCUUGAAAAAGGAAUGGGAUGUUAUUGUCACAAGUUACGAAAUGUGUAUUAAAGAGAAGGCGGUUCUGAAAAAAUUUCACUUUAUAUAUUUAAUAAUAGAUGAAGCCCACCGAAUUAAAAAUGAAAAGUCGAAAUUGUCAGAAAUUGUCCGGGAUUUUCGCUCUCAAAACCGUCUCUUGAUUACCGGUACACCUUUGCAAAAUAAUUUACAUGAAUUAUGGGCUUUAUUAAAUUUCCUAAUGCCGGAUUUGUUUUCUUCAUCUGAAAUGUUUGAUGAUAUGUUCAAAACGGGUAAUGAUCAAGAAGAGAGUUUAGUUCAACGUCUACAUGCAGUUUUAAAACCAUUUUUGUUAAGACGAAUUAAAGCUGAUGUGGAGAAACGUUUACCACCAAAAAAGGAGUGCAAGAUUUAUAUUGGUCUUAGUAAAAUGCAACGUGAUUUGUACACCAAGAUUUUAAUGAAAGAUAUUGAUGUGGUGAACUCUGUAGGGAAUAAAGUGGAUCGUCUUCGCCUACUAAAUAUUCUCAUGCAACUUCGUAAAUGCUGUAACCAUCCUUAUUUAUUCGAUGGGCUAGAACCAGGCCCUCCGUAUACAACGGAUCGUCAUCUUGUUGAUAAUUGUGGAAAGCUGAUGUUGCUGGAUAAACUGUUGCCGAAACUUAAAGAACAAGGAUCACGAGUCCUUUUAUUUUGUCAAAUGACGCGAAUGAUGGACAUUCUUGAAGACUAUUGUUUGUGGCGCGGCCAUGAGUACUUUAGACUAGACGGAUCCACACCUCAUGAAGAACGCCAGAUUUCAAUUGAUGAAUACAAUCGUCCAGGUUCCACCAAGUUUCUUUUCAUGCUUUCUACAAGGGCUGGUGGUUUGGGUAUCAAUUUGGCCACAGCCGACGUAGUUAUCAUCUAUGACUCAGACUGGAAUCCUCAAGUUGACCUUCAGGCCAUGGAUAGAGCACAUCGUAUCGGACAAACCAAAACUGUACGCGUUUUUCGACUAAUUACAGAACAUACAGUUGAGGAACGUAUUAUUAUGCGUGCUGAGAUGAAGCUCAAAUUGGAUAACUUGGUUAUUCAACAAGGUGAUCUAUAAAUAUGUAACCAACCGUUUUAAACUGUAUAACUAUGUACCAUUAAAGAUGGACUUACUGUUACUCCAGAUUAUGUUACAGUCACUUACAAUAGUUACUGAAAUUCCAAUCAAUUAUGUAUCGUGCUGAAAUUAUCAUAUCUAAUGCUUACCGCAGUCUCGUACCUAAUCGCUGUGAGACCUGUAGGCGGUAUAAAUCCUACAUAAGUCGGUGUCCCAGAUCACGGUCCAUACAUUUUCGAAUCCGAAAUUUACCUGACUAUUUCAAAAUAAAGUAUACCUAGCAGAUUUAAAAUAAUGACAGUUGGUAGUUCAAAAUGCCUAAGCAAUUUUGUGUAUAAUGACACCAUUAUUUAGCACUAAGAAAUAAUACAGAUGGUCUUGAACAAAAUAGCCGACUACUGAUUCAUGUAGGUACACUUACGGAUUUUAAUAGGUUUGUUUGUUACGUUCCUUUAAAAUAUAAGAUCUGUUCAGUACAUUCGUAUUUGAAAUGUCAGUAUUAAUUGAAUACUGAGUACUACUUCAAUGAAACUUUGUAGGUCAGGUUAAUUCUUUCUUCUCACAAUAUGGACCCUAAUUAGCAGUGAUCAAAUGAUUCUUUUCUGACUUAAACAUCUGUCAUUGUUAGGGGAUCUGUUGAUCUAUGCGUGUUAGGUUCUCGAUGUACAUAUGAAUAUCCAUGGUCUUAGAAGUACGUUGCGUAUCAAAAGCCGUAACUUUUAAUCAUGAACCUAACCAUUUCUUGCCAAUAAUGACUAGUUUAUUCGUAUUUGUCAGGUAAAUUUUAAAUUCAGUAACUUACGAUCUUCAUCAUCCCGUCAAUUUGACGAGAUCGAUAUUACUUGACAAUCAAGAUGAAGCUUGCAAAAUGUGGCAACUAAUGUCUAAUUUCGUUUUUGAAUCGCAGACGGAUAUAAUUAUAAGCUCUGAGUAUGACUUCGAAAAUAAUAAUCCAUAUCUAUCUUUUGUGGUUUGAAAGACUAGAAAGAAGCUAAGCACCACCGUCAGUCAUAUAUUCUUUUGUUUAUAAACGGAUAUUCUCAACAUUUUUCACGUUUUUAACCUACAGUCUUAACAAUUCGGUAGCCAAUUGCAGGUUUAUUCACUGAUCCGUUGUUCUACAAAAGCACAGUUUGGUUAGUAUUAUUAUCUUACAGCAUCAACAGUAAUCGACUUGGACUUAAAUUGAGAAAUUCACCAUAUAACAAUCGGUGACCCAAAUCAUUAAACCACAACUCCAAUACGAUUUUGUUAACCUUACUUCAAACUCUUUUCUCUAUCGAAGGUCAGAAUUGUCAACUAGAAUAUACAUAAACACCAAUCCUUUUAAAAUUAUACGUUACAGCACCCUAUUUGUUAACGGAAAUCUAAUUUUUAAUUUUGCUUAUCAUAGUUUGGUGUUCACAAACUAUCGUGUGAAAUACUUCUUCAAACCCGUUUUCCUGUUCUUGUGUAUUCCCAGGUCGUCUUGUUGAGCAAAAAUCAAACCAACUUCAAAAGGGUGAUGUUUUAGAUAUGAUCAGACAUGGUGCCAAUUACAUUUUCCGUAGCAAAGAUAGUGAUUUCAAAGACGAGGAUAUUGAUAUUAUCUUAGCUCGAGGUGAACAAAAGACUGCUGAAAUGAAUGAAAAACUGGCUCAAUUGGGAGAAUCUAAUUUAAGGUCUUUAAAAUUCGAUACGGCAGAUGAAAAUGGUGCACCAACAUCAGCAUAUAUAUUCGAGGGGGAAGAUUAUCGAGAAAAACAAUGUCGCACUUCCUUAUUAGAUGGUUGGAUAGAACCUCCGAAACGCGAACGCAAAGCAAAUUAUGCGGUUGACGCAUACUUUCGGGAAGCGCUUCGUGUCUCUGAACCUAAAGCACCGAAACCACCUCGACCACCAAAGCAACCAAAUGUGCAAGAUUUCCAGUUUUUCCCCCCUAGACUUUUUGAGCUUUUAGAUAAAGAAAUAUAUGCAUUCAGGUUGGUCUAGUUUUCUUAGGUUUAAUAAUUAAUCAAAACCCUGUUUUUCUCUAUUUUUGAGCCGAAAUUACAAAAGCUUGAAUAAAAGUGUAAAUACAAACAGAAGGAAUAGUGUGUAGUUUCGAAAGAUUAUUAUGCAUCAUUUUAUAUACAUCUAAAUUUUUUUACCAAUAGUUGUGCAUAGACAUGGUUGUUUAUGUCGCCAAAGAUCUUGUGGUUAAUUUCAGAAACAUUUGCAAAAUUAAUAAAUCCUCAGAUACUAAUCGCGGCAGAGGGUGUGGGUAUCAAAAAAUGAGGACAAUCUUAUUUAUCUCCUACCGAGAGAUUCGCUUACGGGCCUAGAAUACUGUUUGAUGAGGACGCCGACAAAAUUGUCUUCUGAUAACCUCGAUCAACAAUCCAUGCAUGUCCGAGAUGCGUUUAUCCUCCUCCUAAUGAGAAGUGUUUCUUAAGGACUAGUUUAUGUCACCGUCUAGAUUGACCAUAGGGAGUGAAGUAAUUAAGCACGUCGACUGUUUUAUUCACCUUGAAAGUCUUAUCAACCCUGCUAGGUUGAUGUCUAACGAAAUCUCAACCCGAAUUCCGAAAGUUCACUUGACUUUUAUCAAUUUGCGUCACACGGAUAUCCGUAUCUUGACGAAGAGAGGAGUAUAUUCCGCAGUAGUUUUCUGUUCUACUGGAUGACCAUAUUACGUGAUCUUUAAGUGUAGAGUUACUAGUAUUUGAUUAUAGAUGCGUUCUUAGCGCACAUCGGAACCACUGAAAGUGAUCAGUGUUGAGGUUAGAUGUAGAGUACUAGUCAAAUAUAUUAAACAGGUUAAUAAAAUUAAGAAUCGUCAGCGAUUAAAGUGGUUUUUAAAUCUAUCUAACAAGCUCUUACCUCGACGUGCCAUGUUACCUUGAGUAGAAACAUGUUAGGAAAAACUAAAACGUGGCAUCAGUCUAUUAAGUCAGUAAAUUAGCUAAUGUUGAAAUAUAAUUGAGCUCGUUUAUAUGAUCUGACUGUUCGUUAAGUGUGUAAAAAUAUUGACUAAUUCACAUUUCCAAUGUAGUGUAGGGUUAACAGUUUUAAACGUCGAAUAUCAGCUAUUGGAAUGACCAAACUACUGGAUUCAUAAAAACAACUAAGGAAUGGCUUUUUAAAACUAAUUGAUUGAAUCAAAAAGGUAUGUGAAAAAGAAAAUUACUUUAUAUUAAUUAUGCUUAGACAAUUCAGUAUAAAUUUGUUGGGGUAUCACUGUUCUUUAUUUCUUGUUUGGUUGUAGAAAGAGUAUUGGUUAUAAGGUUCCUCGUAACCCAGAUGCUGGGCCAGAUGGUGAGCGUGAUCGUCUGGAUGAACAAGCUAGAAUAGAUGAAGCUGAACCAUUAACUGAGGAGGAACUUGCCGAGAAGGAAGAGCUUUUAACACAAGGUUUCACAAACUGGUCGAAACGUGAUUUUCAACAGUUCAUCAAAGCCAACGAAAAACACGGUCGUGAUGAUUUAGAAGCAAUUUCAGUAGAUGUAGAAGGUAAAACUCCAGAUGAGGUUAAACGGUAUGCCCGUGUUUUUUGGACAAGAUGUAACGAGUUGCAAGAUGUCGACAAGCAUAUGGCUCAGGUAAUUGUCAAUUUAUAUCGAUACUAAUUCCUGUUGAUGAUUUGAAAGACAUUGUCUAGCGUGAAUGUCUAUAUAUUACGAUUAGUGACUACAUAAAUACGGUUAUUGGAAGGUAAUCAAUCAUAAUAAUUUCACCCGGACACUUCCGUAUUAAUAAAAGCUAAGUUUAAAUGUUGUGUUUGCUAAAACCACAUAUCGUCAGACGUGAUUGUUUACACCUCCAUUGAUAUAUAUAGGGUCUAUUACCAUAUGAAUUUUCAGGUGCCAAUCAAUUAAGUCCUAUUUUUCAAUUCCACAUGUUAUCACAAUAAAGCAGUAAUUCAUUUCCUAUUCUGAAACUUUAUCCUGUUAAUCUAACGUAUAUAUGCCUUCAUCGUGAAGUUUGUUAAGAGUAUUCUUAUCUCACUUUUCUGUUUGCUCAUCAGAUUGAGCGUGGUGAGGCGAAAAUCCAAAGAAGAGCUGCUGUAAAACGUGCUCUUGACCUAAAGAUGGCCCGAUAUCGAGCGCCGUUUCACCAACUUCGGAUACAAUAUGGAACAAAUAAAGGGAAGAACUAUGUUGAGGAGGAAGAUCGUUUCUUAAUCUGCAUGCUUCAUAAACUUGGUUUCGAUCGUGACAAUGUAUAUGAUGACUUACGUCUUGCAGUUCGCUUGGCCCCACAGUUUCGAUUUGAUUGGUUUUUGCGAUCUCGCACAGCAAUGGUGAGUAGUGUCAAGUAAUCGCCGGUUAUUGUUUAUGCUUGGUGGAGUUUUAAAUUUAUCUAUCGACUUUUCACUUCGUAUACAGGAAACUUGCUAUAAAUAGGCAUUUCAAGAUAGUUUUACAUUAGUAUUGCAGUCGCUAUUUUCUUACUUGUUCAAGUCAGCUGUUCACUUUUCUAUUUCAGGAACUACAAAGACGUUGCAGUACUCUUAUUACUUUGAUUGAGAGAGAAAUAUGUGACUUAGAAGACCGAACAAAACAGCGUAGUGGAGCAGGCGCGAAUAAUUUACCACUCACUCCUGCAAAUUCCGGACCAUCUAACACAUCCACAGUAUCCAACCAAAAGCGGAAGUCAACUGCAGCUGGUGGGAUUAACUCGGAUUCAACUGCAGAAAUUUCCGGAAACGCAAAGAAAAAGAAGGUCACUGCUUAACUAACAAUGAUUUGUAAAUGUCUCUGUCUUAUACUCUUGUUGUAGGCCUCUUGCAUUUGAUUUUAUGUACUCAAUUCCUUUGAUUUCAUACUGGUGUAUUGUUUACCAAAUCUUACAUAAAUAAAGAUUUGUAAUUAAUAUACUCCUUGCCAAAUAUUUUCAUUUGGUAUCUAUAAUAAUCUGAAGUGUAACAACGUUCAACAAUAAGAAUAUUUUAGUGUACACUAAAGCAUUAACUCGCUUCACAUAUUUUUGAUUUCUACUAAAUUGUCUUAUACAUUUAAAUUCAUAUAAUUAAUGAUCUACCUAAUGAGAACGAUUAAUGACAGAGAAUUCACCUAAAUCAUUCUCACUCAUUUGAUCAAAAACUCAAAAUAUAACUGUAGUGAAGAAGAACACGGUUGAGGACAACCAAAUUGUAUUUAGGACAAAUUACAGAAUUACUUGGUAAAAUAGAAAAACCAUAUAGUAAAUCGUUAAUUUGCAAAAUAUCAUUCUAUCAUAUCUAAUGUCUCGCAUUUCAUUGUUCAUGCGAUUUCUUACAAAUUCCAUUGUUUUCUCGCUCUUCUUUUCUUGAUCUUCUCCAUCUUCUGCUGCCAGACAUUACGUUCUUUUGACUCACGUUAUAUACUACUUAUAUCAAUAUAAGUAGCACGCACCACACUCGUCCCCCCUUUUAACAAGUUGCUGUCGUAGUCUUUCUGAUCUCCGUACCGCUGUGUUCUUUGGUGCUUUUCGUGAUUCAUACCCAUGAUGAUCUUGAAACCAUCUCUGUAGUUGACUAGCAUUUACGCGCUUCUGCUUGUCUUCUCUCCGAAUAGUGUAGACCGAGCCGCGUCUCUCCGUUAUAACAUACGGUCCUUCCCAUUUUGGGGCCAGCUUCCCCGACCCUGCUCCCCCUGCUAUGUUACUUUUUCGUUCUCUACACUUUACUAGGUCCCCCACUGCAAAUGGUUUCCACGUUCUCCUCUGUUGUUCUGCCUUCUUUGUGUCUGAUAUUUGUUUCUUUUUCACGUUCCUUAUUGCCUCUCUCCUCUCUUUUCUUAACCUUGUUGUCGUCCACUUCUGUUGUUGUGGCCAGGUCUUAUUAUGCAUUGGAAGUCGUGGUUGUCUGCCAUACAUGAGCAAGAAAGGUGACUUCUUGGUUGUUCCUUGUGUGGAGGAACGAUGUGCCAGCAAAAUCAAUGGUAACUCUUUCUCCCAAUUUCCUCCUUUUGAUGCUAACCAUUCCUUUAACGUCCGAUUGUUUCUCUCUGUAAGCCCGUUUGUCUGAGGAUGAUACGGUGUAGUUCGUAUUCUCUUGAUGCCAAACUGCUUUAAACGGGCUUUAAACUCGUCACUUUCAAAACAGGGACCCUGGUCAGUUAAUAUCAUCUUCGGUAUUCCGUGACACGCUACAAUAUGCCGGAUUACCACCUCGGUCACUGUCCUUGCCCGCUGGUCUGCAAUGGGUACGGCAUCUACCCAACGUGUAGCAUGUUCCGUCAUCACUAACAGGUACUGGUUACCGCUCGCCGUCUGUGGAAACGGUCCCAUCACAUCCAACGACCAUAGAUCACCGACUGCGGUUACUGGGAUUGACUGUAAUGGCGGUUGUGUGUAUCGAUCGCUUUUCAUUAGCUGACACUGCUGGCAGGUUAACACGUAUUCAGCCACAUCUUCUCUCAUGCUCGGCCAGUAUGCACUUUGUCGUAGUAAGUCCGUCGUUCUUGCGAUGCCUGUAUGUGCUACCUGGUGACACUCGUGUAUCACUUUGCGCCGCCAGUCUUUCGGGAUCACCGCCACCCAAUUUUCAUCAUCGUCCUGCCAGGUCAGCACUCCAUAUGAGUUCACUCUCAGUCGGUCCUUUUGCCGAAGCAGCGUUAUUACCUCCUUGUCCAUUGUUCGUUUAUCUACGUCUGCUCCCUCUUUUAUCACUCUGAUUACCUCUCGAAGGUUAGGGUCAGCUUUCUGCUGCCGGACGAGUUCUAAUGGGUCUCCCUCUAAACUAUUCACCGCGUAUGCUGUUAAUGGCAGGUCGGCUUCCAUGUCUGGUCUUGACAAGUAAUCUGCCAUUACGUUUUCUUUUCCUGGAACAUGGCCGAUACUGAAAUCGUAUUCUUGCAGGCGUAUCAUCCAUCGCGCCAACUUCCCUCGGGGGUCUCUUGCUGUUUUCAACCACUGCAGGGGUUUAUGGUCGGUCUCAAUGUGAAAUCGUCUACCUAAAAGGUAUGGUCUCCAUUUUUCCACUGCCCACACGAUCGCUAAACACUCCUUUUCGAUGGUUGAAUACUUCUGUUCAGCAGGUGUGAGGACGCGACUCGCGUAUUCCACCACUCUAUCAGCCUGACUCAACACAGCACCUAUACCAUGAUCACUCGCGUCUGUGGCCACUGUAAACAGUCUUCCCGGUUCAGGCAGUCUGAGCGUCAUCUGACGAUCGUCUAGCAUGUUUUGAUUCGGUUGAACGUUUGUUCGGCAGUCUCAGUCCACGUAAACUUGGUGCUGCUUAAUAACUUAUAUAAGGGUGCUGCUAUUUCGUUGAAAUUCUUGAUAAACCGACUGUAGAACGCCGCUCUUCCCAGGAACUGUCUCAACUUCCUUUUCGAAUUAGGUACUGCAAUAUUUUUUAUGGUAAGAAUUUUCUCCGGCAAUGGUUUUAUUUCUCCAUUUCCCACUUUAUGUCCCAACAAUGUGACGCUACUUCUCGCUAUCUGCGACUUGUCCUUAUUAAUCCGAAGUCCAAAUUCGUCAAUUCGCUUUAAGACCGCUUCCACAUGCUUGAUGUGAUCUGUUUCUGUUUGACUGUACACAACUACAUCGUCGCCAUAUACCUCGACAUUAUCUAGAUUCUUGAGCAGCAGUGUCAUUAAUCUUCUGAACGUGAACGGUGCACCCGCCAACCCGAACGGCAUUCGUUUAAAUUGAUACUGUUUAUCACGUACAGUAAACGCUGUCUUGCUUCGAUCACUCUGUUUUAUAGGCAGUUGCCAAUAACCUGACCGUAAAUCCAGCACUGUAAACACCGUGGCAUUCUGUAGCCGAUCUAAUGUUUCCGCCACUGUUGGCAUUGCACAAGGCUUCAGGUCUGUUAUAUUAUUCAAUUCUCUGAAGUCGACACAAAAUCUAUACUUUCCAUUUGGUUUCUUUACCAAGAGUACCGGCGAGCUAUAUGGACUGUCCGCUUCCUCAAUUAUACCUUCUUUUAACAUUUCCUGGACCUGACGAUUUACCUCGGCCUCUAAAUGCACCGGGACACGACGUGUUGCAAAUAUAUUUACUCGACUGUUCUUUAUCGGUAUUUCGUGCUUUACUCUGUCACAAUAUCCAUACGGCUCCCCAUCUCCAGUGAAUAGUUUGGCAUACUUUUUGCAUAACUCGUGAAUGUUUAGCUUCUUUGACGAGACAUCCGCUGCAACUCUUAUUUCAGCAACUUCGCUACUUUCGUGUAUUGUCAAUGAACCAUAUUUCGUGACCACCUUACCGCUUCUUAAGUCAACUAUCGCUUUUACUUCUCUUAGGAAAUCUGCUCCUAAUAUCGGUCUCGAUAAACUUGUGGUUACGACGAACGGAAAAUUUAUCUCAGCAUCCCCCACUUUUACGAUACUGUUAGAUACGCCAAACACCUCUAACAUAUGGCCCCCUAUCGUGUGGACAGCUAAUGUACACGGCUUGAUUCUCUUACAUUGCUCUUUGCCUAUUAACGAUACUGCUGCACCUGUAUCGAUCAGACAAACUAAAUCGCGCUCAUUUAUGUUCACUCUCGUAUAUACUGCCCCUCUGUCUACUAACGCAACAAUCCCCAGAUUCCUAGGAUAGAAAGAACAAUCGUUGUAACGUCUAACAUAUCUGCGUUUUCGUCUUGUUGGACAGUUUAACUUCCAAUGUCCUGUCCCUCCACAAGCGUAACAUUUAUCGUUCCUUUUAUUGUUCACUCGUAUUGCUGCAAUCUCACGCUCCAGCUCCUCAAUCUUCUUCUCGACACUACUCAUCUCCUGCUUUUCGCACCCGACUGGAGCUACUGUUCGCGUCAUUAGCUGACGAGUCACCUUCGCCAGUUCACUGAUAUCCAUCGGUUGCGCUGCGUUCACCAGUUUCAGUUGUUGGGAGACGGUGGCAGGCACACUCUCGAUAAACUGUGACGCCAACAACUGUGCCUCCGACUCCUCAUCCAGACUCGGCAGUGCACGGCGUAACAAUCUGGUAAGCUCCACAGCCAGCACCAGUGGGUCACCAUCGACCGGCAACCUCGCCAGCCGGAACUUCUGCAGCGCGUUCUCUCUGUCCACUGGGCUGUCAAACUCCGCCGCCAACCGCUCCGUGACUGCCUCCCAUGUCGUCUUCUCGCCAGCACCGUCCAAGCUGUCAUACACAGCCUUCGCCCUGCCUCUCAGCAGCGUCCCCAGCACCACCAACUUCGCCUUCGGCUCCUUCACUCCCACCAGCUCCGCCACGGCCUCAAACUCCUUCAGGAAGCUCAGCACAUCUCCGUCCUCAAACUCCUUCGGCCACGGAAUCUUCAUCCUUAGUGGAGGCAGCGACACCAAAUGUAGUGAAGAAGAACACGGUUGAGGACAACCAAAUUGUAUUUAGGACAAAUUACAGAAUUACUUGGUAAAAUAGAAAAACCAUAUAGUAAAUCGUUAAUUUGCAAAAUAUCAUUCUAUCAUAUCUAAUGUCUCGCAUUUCAUUGUUCAUGCGAUUUCUUACAAAUUCCAUUGUUUUCUCGCUCUUCUUUUCUUGAUCUUCUCCAUCUUCUGCUGCCAGACAUUACGUUCUUUUGACUCACGUUAUAUACUACUUAUAUC